GGAAACAAUCAAUUUAAUGAGGAAAGUCCUAUUGAUUUAGAAAUGGAAGAUGAAAUGUCUUUAGAUAUUUUAUGGGCAGAGGAUGGUACAGUGACACCAUCGGUGGCACAUGAUGAAUCAGAAGAUAUGAUGAAUUUUGGUUCCGUGACUUCUGCCCAACAAGUUGUUGAGUCCGAUAACCUUUUGGCAUCAUCAGAGUUGCAGGAUCCAUCAGACAACAGGACUUUGGAAUCUGCAACACCCGCCGAACAAAGUGUUUUGUCAGGUGAAGUAGCAGCCCAAAACACGAAUGAUGCUGAUACUCACAUUCCCAUACUAGUGGAUGAUACAGUCAAACACAAAGAUGUUCUGGUACAUCGAGCAACAAUUCGCCAUGAUGCCAACGUUAUUCCACUAAAAAUACAGCAAAAUGUAACAUACCCAUGUAAUUUGGUUUUCUUCCGUGAGAAUUUCAGAGAAAGACUCAAUUUCCUGCUUUGCAACGUUUAACCUAUGUGAUGUCGUUAUGAUUAUGCAGUUUUGAUGGGCGUAUUUCAUAUUUCUGUGCAUUUAUUCACUCAAUAUAUUCACUAUGUGAGAUUUUAAACUUUCCUGUUUAAUCAUGGCUUCGCAACGAUAAAAAAGGACAAUAGAAAAGAAAAAAGUUGGUGCAACGGGACCAGACGAGACUUCGAGAUGUGGCCUUUUCGUGAUCCUGUUCUAAACAAUUUGGUAUACACAGGAAACAAGUCAGGAAAGCAGGUGUAUAGUAAGAUAAAUAGAAAAUACUUAUUCAAAAACAACCAAUGAAUGAAUCAGAAUGACCAGUGUAUUUUCCUAUCCAAAAAUGGCUUCCUUCUGGAAAUCAUAAAGUAUUGGCAGCUCCAAAGGGAGGAAAA